AUGCUUGUUGAUAGAUCCCAAGAUUUGUCCCAUGUGCCAGAAUCCAUUAGAAUGGUGCUAAUUGGUCCUCCAGGUGCAGGUAAGGGCACACAGGCACCUAAUUUGAAGGAGAAGUUCUGUGUCUGCCACCUGGCUACUGGGGAUAUGUUGCGUUCUCAAGUUGCUAAGAAGACCCAGUUGGGUGUGGAAGCGAAGAAGAUCAUGGACCAAGGUGGUCUGGUGUCUGAUGAAAUCAUGGUGAAUAUGAUUAAAGAGGAACUUCGCAGCAACCCAGAAUGCAAGAACGGGUUCAUUCUGGACGGGUUUCCAAGAACAAUUCCCCAGGCUGAGAAGCUGGAUCAAAUGUUGUCUGAGCAGGGCAAGCCAUUGGAUAAGGCUAUCGAGUUGAAAAUCGAUGACGAGCUUUUAGUUGCUAGAAUCACCGGCAGACUUAUCCAUACAGCCUCUGGAAGAUCCUACCAUACAUUGUUCAACCCACCAAAAGUUCAUAUGGUGGAUGAUGUCACUGGAGAACCAUUAACCCAAAGAUCCGACGACAAUGCGGAGGCCUUGAAGAAGAGGUUGGACGCAUAUCAUGCGCAAACCGAGCCCAUCGUCGAUUUUUAUAAAAAGUCCGGCAUUUGGGCUGGGAUUGAUGCUUCACAACCACCAAAAACUGUCUGGGCCUCUAUAUUGAAGGCUUUGGGCAAAUAG